UUUAUUUAGGGAAACAAAGAUGUCGAUCAAAUUAGCUUUCCUAACACGUUAGAGUCUGUUUGUGUCCGUCCACUGUGUGUGUGUGUCAAAAACGCUUCCCACAAGUCACAAAGAUGACUGCCAAGAACGCCAGCUCCAUCCUGGCGUGCGUCAGGGUGCGUCCCUGCGAGCCCGGACUCACUUCGCUCUGGCAGGUGAAGGAGGGCCGCUCCAUCCAGUUGGUGGACAGCCACGCGGAUCCCUGCGUCUUCGACUAUGUGUUCGACGAGGGUGCCAACAACCAGGAGGUGUUCGACCGGAUGGCCAGGCACAUAGUGCACGCCUGCAUGCAGGGCUUCAACGGAACUAUUUUUGCCUACGGCCAGACGUCGUCGGGCAAGACGUACACCAUGAUGGGCGACGGCCAGAACCCUGGCGUCAUGGUGCUGGCCGCCAAGGAGAUCUUUCAGCAGAUCUCCAGUGAGACGGAGCGGGACUUUCUGCUGCGCGUCGGCUACAUCGAGAUCUACAACGAGAAGAUCUACGAUCUGCUGAACAAGAAGAAUCAGGACCUUAAGAUCCACGAGUCCGGCAACGGGAUUGUGAACGUGAACUGCGAGGAGUGCAUCAUAACCAGCGAGGACGACCUCCUGCGCCUGCUCUGCAUGGGCAACAAGGAGCGCACUUUGGGCGGGACCAACAUGAACAAGCGGUCCAGCCGUUCGCACGCCAUCUUCAGGAUUAUCAUUGAGUCUCGAAAGUCGGACCCCAGCGAUGACGACACCGUAGUUCAGAGCGUGCUCAGCCUCGUGGAUCUGGCUGGAUCAGAACAAGUGGACCAGGCGGGUGGCCACGGUUGCGCAUCCAGCCUGCGCAACCUGGUUAAGAGCCUAUCUGAGGACAUAGAAAGCAAGCCGAUUAGCUUUCGCGACUCGAAAAUCACGCGCGUCAUGCAGCCUUCACUGGGUGGAAAUGUGUUGACCUCUGUCAUCUGUACGAUUACGCCAUCUGUUGUGGAGGAUUCGAUAUCCACUAUAAGUUUCGCCAUGUGUGCCAAAAAUAUUUGGUGCAAGCCGCAGGUCUGCAAGAUGGACUCUGAAAACACGAUGAUGAGGCGACUGGAUCGCGAGAUCCAAAUGCAGAAGGAAAAGCUUGCAAAGGAGGAGCGCAAGAAUGAGAGCCAGCUGGUAUUGCAGGCUUUGGAACGUAGCAUCAAGCGCGACAUGUUGAAGAUAAUUUCCAGCGCCUCGCUUAGAGACAAUCGCCUCCAGAAGCGGCGUCGUACUUGGACUUUAUCCGCCUCAGGCUCAGAAGGCGAAACUCCUGCUCCCCCAUUGACUGUGCCAGAGGAGUCCCGUCUUCCGCGCCCAUCGAAGUUGACCAACCUGCCGAAACCCACGUUUUUCAACAAAACCACUCAUUCUCAGCGGCGGGAGAUUGGUCCCAAAACCAACAGCAUUCAUCCGUCGCUAAAGGAGGAAUUAUCUCAAACGAAUAAUACGGACAGUAAGCUUUGCCAGCCGAAACAGUUGGAAAGCGAGGCGGCGAGCAGUAUUGCUUCAUUAGUUAACCAGAUGCCAAAAAUGUAUCAGGAGUCUGUUCAAAACUGCGAUGCCCUGCAGAUCGAGAUCUCUGCUCUUACUGCAACCAACCAGGUAGCAAAGGAGACGAUCCAGAAGUACCAGGAGCAAGUAGAGAGGCUAACGGCGACAAUUGAGCGACUGGAGAUGGAGAAACGCGAGUCAGUCAAUCUCGGGGAGCAAUUGGCCAAGUCCAAGCACAUGGAGGCAGAACUUCUCUCUGUUCUCUCCGAGAAAGAAUCGACCAUAGACAGCCUGCAACUGUCACUUAAGGAGCUUUCUCGAGAUGUGUUGCGAAACAGCAAGGAGGAUCACAUGCGAUCCAUGUGCCCCGAGCUCGAGUCCAGCUGCGAGCGGAUAUGCAACAAGUGUCUGGAGUUGGAGCGGCUACUGCCUUUAGCGGAUGCCACGGGUGUGGAGUCAAUCGCCUGCCAGUGCGAUCAGCUGCGAUCGGAAAUUGCUGCCACCCGCAUCAAGUUGGAAAGUGUGCAGUCUGCUUUCAGCCAAGCACACUGUGAGGUCUCACAGAAGACCACUGAUUGCGAACGCCUCUCCAGACAGAUAUCCACGGCCCAGGAUGAUUUUGGACAACUGCAGGAAAAGUACAACAAUCUGGAGCAUAAGUGGAUGAGUCAACAGCUGGCCAUUGAGACCAUGCAGGCUGACUUCAAUGCUAUACAGCAAAAGUACCUAAAGCUGCUGGAUCAGUACCGGUAUCUGGGACGCACAUCGGAUGAACAGAGCCAGCAGCUGCAGGACGAAAAUACGAAACUGCAAGCAGAGAUUGAAACUCUGAAGGCGCGAGUAGAGGAAGCCCAGCGCAAGCUUUUGGAAGCUUCCAAUCCGGAUACUCAUUCCGUAGAGUUGACGGUACAAAAUCAAGAGCUGAAGAAGCGCCUUACUGAGUUGCAGAUGAAAUUUAACGAGAUCCAGCAGAAUUACGACUGUCUAUCUAACCAAUUGAUGGAAAGUAUCCAAGAGGGCGAUGUACUCCGAGAGGAGCUCAAGCAGCGGACAACGAGCUUCGAUUUGGAGUCCAUGAAGAGUUCGGGUGUAGGCACUGAGUGCAGUGAUCCGGAAAACGACUUGGACUGUGAUCUGCUGCAGCAAUUUAGCGAGCUGUCGGAGUCCAUCCAAGAGAUUGAGUUCGUAGACUACUCUGGUGGCAGGCGCCUCUUCAGAUCCAACCAAGCGGAACAGGAUCAGGACGUGCCAAGCUUUAAACUCCGCCUGGAGCCCGCUGAAUUAAUAGAGGGUGAUGGUAAACAGCAGAAUGCAUCGGACCCUGUACUCCUUAAAGGCUCUCUGAAGCGUCAAAGAUUUCAGAUUGUGAAAAUUAGUCAAAAACAGAAUUGUAAAAAAGAGGAGGACCGACAGCGUGAUGUCAUCUUCCAAUUGGAGCAAGAAGUUGCAAAGAAAAAGAAUCUUAUUGAGGAAGAGAAAGCAGUCGUGAAUGAAUUGCGUGUACAAAUGACCAACCUAGAGACGGCUCUCCUUAAGAAGAGCGAAAUAGUGAAAAAGGUUGAUGACUACGAAACGCAAAUCGAAACUUUAACGAAGCAAAAUGCUGAGAUAAAGAUAUUGUACGAGGAGUUACGGCAUAAAGAUGCCGCUAAGGAGGAGCGGGAAUCGCAAGAAGUCGCUACUCUUAAGACAUCACUUGCAGAAUUGAAGAACAAGGUGUGUGAUCUGCAGACAGAGCUUAAAGACCAGUUGAAGCAGAUGCAGUUGAAGGACGGCAAAAUAUCCGAGCUACAAGCGGAUAUUGAAGAAAUGAGCGAGCAUUGCUCAUCCAUGGAGAAGAAGCUUACGGAGUUGGAGGAGGACGCCAAUCAAAAGCGCAAUCUACUCGAUGGCCAAGCGCAGGCGUCAUCAGAUGAUCAUCAGCUUCAGAGGAGCGGUGCAAAACUGGAGGACUGCAGCAUUAAGAAGCCAAUCCAGGAGCAAACCACUCUUAUCUUGGAAUUCGAAAGCCGAAUCGAGCAACUUGAAGAAUCAUUGAAAAGGGCAAAAGAAGAAUUAAGCUUUCUGGAGAAGCGAAAGACAGAUGAGAUUAACAGCAUUCAGCUGGAGUACAUGGUGAAAAUUGAGACGAGCGAGAAUGAAAACCGCUCCAAAUUCCGAGCAUACUGCCUGGAGUUGGAGGAAAACAAGGAACGGUAUGACAGCAGUGUGAAAACUUUGGAGGAGCAACUACUGCAGGCCAGUGAAAAGCUCGCCAGUGUUACGACUCAGUGUCAGGCGGAAUUGCAAGCCAUUAAAGGAUCUCUUCAAGAAAAGAUUACUCAGUCCGAGAAGGACAGAACUGAAUUGGUUGCCCUGCACAAGGCAGAGCUGGAAAAAUUCAGGGAAACUCUGAAGGAGAAGGAAUCUUCUUACAAGGAGAAACUGAGCCAAGCUCUGGAGGAGCAAGAGAGAGGAAUUGGUAGACUCGAGGUGAUGCGAAACACAAUAGCAGAGCUGCUUAAGACAAAAUCUGAUCAGGAACUGGAGUUCGAGGGAAUACAAAUGGAAAAGCGCCAACUUGAGAAACUCUACGACGAAAGCCUGUUGCAGGUAGAACAACUCCAACGCACUAUUGAUCAGAAAAGUUCGGAGGCACGGGCAGUUGUUAAGGAACCCAAUUUGCUGCAAGCCUCUUCGAACGAGAGCAUUAAUGAAACGCCGAAAAAGUGCGAGGAUUUGGAUAUUUUGCGAUGGGAGAAAGCAGAACUGCUAUCGGAGAUCCAGAAAGUCCAUACACAGCACUCGAAGACCCUAAAAAAACUUGAGGAAAUCGAAGCGGAAAUGAUUACCCUAACCAGUCAAAAGGAGUUGGAGAGGUGUGAGAUUGAAGAAAAGCUUGAGACUUUCAAGUCCAAGGAAGCAGAUCUCACAGAAACUUUGCACUGUGCUCAACUCAAGUUGCAUGCCCACGAUGAGCUCAUGUGCCAGCACGAGCGGCUAAAGGGCUUCCUUUUGGAUUCAAAUGAGUUGUCGGCAAACCUGCAGAAGAAAGUUGAGCGCUUGGACUCCGAACUGCUUGCUUCACAGAAAGAAAUUUCAGACCAAGAUUCAGAGAUUAAAAAGCUUCGAUCUGAGCUUAAGCACGCCAUUGAUGCAAAUGCAAAUGCGAGAACGGCACAACUAGAUUUGGAAAGCCAGCUAAAGGAGGUAGAGGAGAAUUUAUCUGCCCAGGUAGUUCAAUUUCAACGAGAGAUCGCCGAUCUUAAAGGUUCAAUGGACGAGCUCCAGCUUAAACUGAAAUCUCUGCAAGAAGUAAAAGACAAUCUAGAGUCUGGGAAUGCAGAGCUUAAAGGUAAGCUAAAACAAGCUCAGGAUCUACAAAACAUGGUGGAAAAGGAGCAAAAGCUUAAUGCCUCUCUACGGGAUGAUUUGAGCAAACUGGAACAAACAAAAACUGAUCUCGAAGAGCAACUGCGAGCCAAGCAAGCGGAAUUCGAUCGGCGAUCCAAGGAGCUUUCCUUGGAGCUCGAUCGAGACCAAAUUGGGGAACUGACCAAGGAGUGUGAAAACCUUCGGUGUGAACUGGAAGCUCAAACUAAUACUUUUCUGAAGGAAAAGGAAACUUUGAACUUGACCAUAUCCGAUCUAAAACUGAAUAAGCAGCAGUUGGAGGAAAAGCUGACCAUUCUUAGCGAGAAGGAUAAAAGCAAUUCUCGGCUUGAAACGGAAUUCGAAUCGCUGCUAGAGUCCUCGAAGGAAAACCAAGCAGCCAUAAAAGCAGCCAAUAAUUUAAAUCUCGAAUUGCAGAAGAAGGUUCAGGAUCUCACAAAGGAGUGUGAGAUCUUACGUUCCGACCUGCAAUCCAAAGAUGAAGCAAUUCAAACGCAAAAGGAACUGUUGGAAAACUCUAUUUCUAAUCUACAGAAGAAAAAUCACACGACGGAGGAAAAGUUGACUACGCUAAACAAGACUCUCAACGAGGAUUGCGAAAAGCUCCGUUUAACAUUGAAAUCAAAGGAAAGCGAUUUGAGAAAGAACAAGCAAGAGUUGGAGGAAAAGCUGGCCCUUCUUAAUGAGAGUAAUGCGAACAAUGACCGACUUUCGUCCCAGUUGGCGUCCAAUGAAGGCGCAUAUAAGUCACUGUGGGAGGAAUCGAUUGAGCAAAAAGUAAACAUGGCAGCGGCCAAUAAGAAAAGCCUCGAAAUGGAACAGAAGGUUGAUAAACUUGCGAGGGAGUACGAAGAACUACGAUUGACUCUGAAAACCAGGGAAAUCAGUUUUCUUUCCGAGAAGGAACGCAUGGACGACACCAUCUCUAGUCUGUUAGAAGACAAGCGUAAUCUUGAGGAAAAGUUGUGCUCAGUCACCGAGCUCCUGACUAAGCUUCAACAUGAACUGACGACUUCACAAGCGCAUAAAGUGAAUGGCGGCGAUGUGUGCUUUGAGUCGAGUGGAUCGCCAACUCCAGGAGCUGUUUCGGCAUCAAAGAAGCCUCUAAAUCGCAAUCCUGUUUGCAGCGUGCCAAGGAAGUCCCUCAGCUUUGAGACUGCGGUGCGAAAGAAUCGACGGAUGACAGCUUACGAUGAGCACCGCAAGCAGUCUUGCUGGAAUGAAUUUCGUGAAUGCGGAACUAUGACCGAUCCCGUGGAUAGCAAUUGCCACUGCUCGCAGCAGAGCUGCAAACAAAGACUGAGUUCGGACGGGAGCCACAACAUUGAGUUUAAAAAUACAAAACCGAUGGGAAGACACAAAAAUUAAUCUGAAUUAAUGUUAUCCAAGUAUUAAGAAUUUUUUUGUUAAGUGUUAUCUUGCAAAGGGUGGAUUUCUACAUUUAUCGUUUUCUAUUUAUGUGCUAAUUAUUUGUCAAAUAUUAUCCAUACACAAAUUACAAAAACAAACGUGAUCCAAAUAUUCAAAAUUAAUUGGUUAGCUUAAUAGUUAAAUCCGAUUAAGUAAUGUGUCCUGAUUAAUAUGUUUAAUUGUUUAUUUUGUUUAUAUGUAUAGGAUUGAAUAAACUAUUUAUAUCCUAA